AUGAAGAAGAGCAACGCAGCCUCAGCCAAAAAAUCAAAGAAGCAAACAGGUCGUCGUCGUAAGACCGAAAGAGAAGAGGACGAGGAGUUAAUGCAUGAUGAGGAGUUCGAGGAGGAGACCACCGUAAUCACCGAGUCUCCUUCUUACAUCCACGGAACUCUGAGAGAAUACCAGGUGCAAGGUCUCAAUUGGCUGAUUUCGCUUUAUGAGAACAGGCUUUCAGGGAUACUUGCUGAUGAAAUGGGUCUUGGUAAGACUUUGCAGACCAUCUCUUUCUUAGGGCAUUUGAGAUACAACAAGCAGAUAGACGGUCCGUUCUUGGUGCUUGUGCCGAAAUCUACUCUUGACAACUGGAGAAGAGAAUUUGCCAAAUGGACUCCUGAUGUGAACGUUUUGGUGCUUCAAGGCACCAAGGAGGAGAGAGCAGAGUUGAUCGCAAACAGGCUUUUGCAAGCAGAUUUUGACGUCUGUAUCACCUCCUUCGAGAUGGUAUUAAGAGAAAAGUCCAAGCUCGGAAAGAUUAGAUGGGAAUACGUGGUGAUCGAUGAAGCACACAGAAUCAAGAACGAAGAGAGCUCCCUUUCGCAGAUCAUCCGUCUCUUUUAUUCGCGUAACAGACUUCUCAUUACUGGAACCCCACUCCAGAACAAUCUCCAUGAGUUGUGGGCUCUGUUGAACUUCAUUUUGCCUGAUGUCUUCGGUGAUUCUGAAGCUUUUGACCAAUGGUUUGAGACCCAAGAUCAGGACCAGGAUCAAGUAGUUCAGCAGCUGCACAAAGUUUUGGCUCCAUUUUUACUGAGAAGAGUCAAAGCAGAUGUCGAGAAGUCCCUUUUGCCCAAGAAGGAGGUCAACGUUUACGUUGGAAUGAGUGAUAUGCAGGUGAAAUGGUACAAGAACCUUCUUGAGAAAGACAUUGAUGCUGUCAACGGUAUCGUGGGAAAGAGGGAAGGCAAAACCAGACUUUUGAACAUUGUAAUGCAAUUGAGAAAAUGUUGCAAUCAUCCAUAUCUAUUCGAAGGAGCCGAACCAGGCCCUCCAUAUACUACAGACGAACAUCUGGUGUUCAACUCUGGUAAGAUGGUUGUUUUGGACAAGCUGUUGAAACGUUUGAAAGAGCAAGGCUCAAGAGUUUUGAUAUUUUCCCAGAUGAGUCGGUUGCUGGAUAUAUUAGAAGAUUACUGUUUCUUCAGAGAGUAUGAGUAUUCCCGGAUUGAUGGUUCGACAUCUCACGAGGAUAGAAUCCAGGCCAUUGACGAUUACAACGAUCCGGAUUCGAAAAAGUUUAUCUUCUUGCUGACCACGAGAGCAGGUGGUUUAGGUAUCAACUUGACAUCUGCGGAUUGCGUGGUUUUGUACGAUUCUGACUGGAACCCUCAAGCCGAUUUGCAAGCAAUGGACAGAGCCCAUAGAAUCGGCCAGAAAAAGCAGGUCAAAGUUUUCAGAUUUGUGACGGAAAAUGCCAUCGAAGAGAAAGUCUUAGAGCGUGCUGCUCAAAAGCUGAGACUGGACCAACUGGUUAUUCAGCAAGGCCGGUCUAACAACGCCAAGAGCGGAGCCACUAUCGGCAAUAACAAGGACGAUCUGCUGGGAAUGAUCCAGCAUGGUGCCCAGAAAGUAUUUGAGUCAAACGGCUCUACAAUGCAAGAGGACGAUAUUGAUAAGAUUUUGUCCAAGGGUGAGGAGAAGACAGCCACUUUGAAUGCCAAAUACUCCAAGCUCGGUCUUGACGAUCUCCAGAACUUUACAUCUGACUCUGCAUAUGAAUGGAAUGGAGAAAACUUUGCAAAGAAGCAGCAUGGUCCGUUGUUGCCAUGGAUGAACCCGACCAAAAGAGAGCGCAAAGAACAUCAAUACUCUGUUGACGGUUAUUACAAGGACGUGAUGCAAUCUUUCAAGGGAACACCAGGAGCAAGAGGCCAAAGGAAUCCAAGAGCACCUAAACAGGUUUUAACUCUGGACUUCCAGUUCUAUCCUCCAGAAUUGGCCAAACUUCUGGAGAAGGAGCAACUUUGGUAUAAGAAAAAGAUUGGAUACAAAGUGCCAUCUCCAGAAAGCGAUUCUGAUGAUGAUGAAUUUCUCGUAUCUGAGGACGAAGCGGAAAAGCUACCAAAGACGAAGGAAUCCAAGAAUUCCAAAGCCGAAAGGCGCAAGAGAGAGCAGAAGAAGAUAGACAGUGCCGAAGAGUUUACUGAAGAGGACGGUGAAUUGAAGGAGAAGCUACUCUUGCAAGGUUUUGGUGAUUGGUCCAAGAGAGACUUCACCAACUUUGUGCAUGUGUGUGCCAGGUAUGGACGUGGUAACAUCGGAGCCAUAGCCUCAGAGAUGAAGGGCAAGAGUGUCGCGGACGUGAAAAGAUACGCAGAGACCUUCAAGGAAAGAUUCAAGGAAAUCGAAGGUUAUGACAGAUACAUUUCGCAGAUUGAACAAGGCGAACAGAAGUUGAACAAGCUCCAACACCAGGAGCAGCUUUUGGCAGUCAAGAUCAAACAGUAUGAAGCCCCACUCCAAGAGCUCACUAUCCAAUAUCCUCCCAACAAUUCCAAGAGGGUCUACUCUGAUCUAGAAGAUAGAUUUUUGCUGGUGACUGUGAACAAAUACGGACUUUCAAGACAUAAUCUUUAUGAACUCGUGAAGGAAGAGAUUGUGGAUAGUGGACUUUUCAGGUUUGAUUGGUUCUUUCUAUCGAGAACACCCCAGGAGCUGGGUAGGAGGUGUACCACCCUGCUUCUUGCCAUUACCAGAGAGAUUGAAGGUCCAGAUGCUUUCAAAAGAAGAAAGAAUGGAAGCUCGUUAUUGGCUACAAAUGCCAACAGCAACGAGCCUAGUCGUCAGCAGUCAAUGGAGGUUGACGAUGAGUCUCUAGACGUUGAGUCGACUUUUGAUGAGAAAGAGAACGAGGAUUCCAAGCAGAAGCCCUCUAGGAAGCGUCUGAUUGUUCGCAGCAACACCAGCACUCCCGUCUCUAAGAGAAUCAAGGUAUAA